AUGUCUUCGACCGCGGUCGUGCACGGCGACGAUCUCAUGGAGCCAACGCUCCAGUCCAUUCUCAGCCAGAAGACCUUGCGAUGGAUCUUCGUUGGUGGUAAAGGAGGUGUUGGGAAGACAACAACAUCAUGCUCGCUUGCGAUCCAGCUAGCGAAAGUCCGCAAAUCAGUCCUGCUCAUUUCGACCGACCCCGCACACAACCUGAGCGAUGCAUUCGGGCAGAAGUUUGGAAAGGAGGCCAGGCUGGUCGAUGGAUACUCCAACCUUAGCGCUAUGGAGAUUGAUCCGAACGGCAGCAUCCAGGAUCUCCUCGCUAGUGGGGAGUCGCAGGGCGAAGAUCCCAUGGCCGGACUGGGUAUGGGUAAUAUGAUGCAGGAUCUGGCUUUCAGCAUUCCCGGUGUCGACGAAGCCAUGUCCUUCGCCGAAGUCUUGAAGCAAGUCAAGUCUCUGUCUUAUGAGGUUAUUGUGUUCGACACUGCACCAACCGGACACACCCUUCGUUUCCUUCAGUUCCCUACCGUCCUUGAGAAGGCCCUCGCGAAGCUCUCUCAGCUGUCGUCUCAAUUCGGACCAAUGCUGAACUCGAUCCUCGGUGCUCGUGGCGGCCUCCCAGGCGGACAGAACAUCGACGAGCUCCUCCAGAAGAUGGAGUCUCUGCGGGAGACCAUUAGCGAGGUGAAUACGCAGUUCAAGAACCCCGACAUGACCACCUUCGUGUGUGUCUGCAUCGCCGAAUUCCUGUCCCUGUACGAGACGGAGCGUAUGAUCCAGGAACUCACGAGCUACGGUAUCGAUACCCAUGCCAUUGUGGUCAACCAGCUUCUGUUCCCCAAGGAAGGAAGCGGAUGCGAGCAGUGCAAUGCUCGCAGGAAGAUGCAGAAGAAGUACCUUGAGCAAAUCGAGGAGCUUUACGAAGAUUUCAACGUUGUCCGGAUGCCAUUACUGGUUGAGGAAGUAAGAGGAAAGGAAAAGCUGGAAAAGUUCAGCGAGAUGCUUGUGCACCCUUACGUUCCUCCUCAAUAG